AUGAAAGAGGUAAAAACUAUCACAUGAAUAAUAUGUUAUUAUUGGUAUUCAAGUUGUAAUGCAUAUUUGUGAUAUUACUCGACAUUUGUGUAUUUUCUGUAUUAAGUGAUAUUUUAGAUACUAAAUUUGUUUUUUUAGGUAUUGACCGAAACAUGUCUGAAGCAAGGCUAUGAUGCAGACAUCUACGGUUUACUGUUUCAACGUAAAUUCAUCGACUUGUCGUUACCGUUUCGCCUUUUAGGGCUACCGAACAAUGCUCAUUUAGAUUUAGCUGAGAAGCCGGAGACAAGGAAUGAACCAAUUAGAAUUGCUUUACAGGUAUUCUUUGUUUAUUUUUUGAAAUUUAGGUAUUGUAAUGUGAUAUUUAAUACUAUGAUUUGUUUAGACACCUAACGGAAGGUUUGAAGCCGAGUAUACGAAAGAUAAUACACUGUUGCAAGUGUUGGAAAACGCGGAACAAAUUCAUCAAGUUCAUUUGACAAAAUUUGCUGAUGAAGUUUCAGUUCCAGCUGUUUCUUUUAUGCACAAGACUGUAAGUUAUAUUAUAUUUUAUGUAGUUGACUAUAUUUAUUCCUUAUUAAGAUUUUUUGCUUAAAAUAACAACCUUUUUUAGUUUAAAGGUCGAUUGGCAUUGUCACAGACUACUCUGAAGUCGAUUGGAGUGGAAGGACGAGUGUUAUUCAGAUACCUAGUAGUCAAAAUGAGCGAAGAAGAGAAAGCAAAGAUUCAACAAGAGUACGAGUUAGAGUUACAGAAGAAACAGAAACUCGAAGAAGUGUUCCAAUCUAAGAAAUUAGAGAAUGAAAAAAGGUUACAGCUUCAGAAGCAGUACGAAGACGAUGUGCUACAACGGACUGAAGAAAUGCAUCUGAAGCAGAUUGAAACAGCUUCUAAUAAUGUUGUUAACGUAGCUUCUGGACCUUCAAAUACUACUGAAUUUCAGCCUGAAGUUAGGAGGGAAGCGUCUGUUCAGGAAUCUGGUGAAAAUUCUAGAUUGUGCCAGCUAGAAUCAGUGUUAACGACCGUGACUGACAGUUUGAAUCACGGUAGAGUAGAUGAUGUAGCUGACAGGUUGUUGACUGACUCUGGGAACAUAACUUUGAACCCACCCCCUCCACAGCCUUUUGAGUUUAUUAACUUUAGAGUAAGUUAAAGUUUUAUUAGUAUGUUAAUAUAACGCUAUUGUUAUUUGUGAUUUUUUGUUGUACUAAACUUUAUAUUUUUGUUUUAGUUUCCAGAUCAACCAGUAGCAACUAUAGCAGAUCUCAUACGGUUAGAAGAAAGCCAGAAUCGAAUUACAGAUGUAACCCCUCCGGAAAGAAACGCUUGCAUCUUUGCUGUAGCUGAUAAAGAUGUUAAUACGGAAGUUGAUGACAGUUUCUUUGACCUGACUGUAGAAGAUGCCAAAAGAAUGCAGAAGGAUCUGAGAGAACAGGUUAAGAAGUCUACACAACAAUCCUUGUUACCUUCCUCGUUUAUCGAAAACAGAAACAAGAAGAGCAAGAUGAAGGCCUACAAGAAUACCGUGAUCAGAAUCAAGUUGACAGAAAAGUUUAUUCUCCAAGCACGGUUUAAUUCUCUUGAGCCAGGCAGGUUAACUGUUUUUUGGAUUGGCUUUGAUAGAGUUUAAGUUUGAAAUACUAAAUUUUACAUUGGUAAUGGUUUUUGUUCUUUUAGUUGCAAAUCUGUUCACUUUUGUUAAUGAAUUUGUCGGGACAAAUCAAUUUGGAUUGAUUGCUGUGGUUAAGCUGGAAAGGAGCUCCAAAAAGGAUUUGAUAGACGAAGGCUUAGCUCCUAGAAGUACUGUAACGGUACAGUGGAAGGUGCCUUUUAACGGUAAGUUUUAAAUCUUUUUCUCAAUGAUUGUAAACAAUUGUUUUUUAAGGAUUUCAUUGGUUAAUUUUAGCACAAUAUGUUGUUGUUCUUAAUCCUAAGGGUCAAAGUAUAACUGAAUGUAUUGCAGAAUCGCUGUUAAACUUGAACAAAGUCAAACAGACCUCAGAACAGGAAGCCACAGAAGACGCUACUAACUGGUUGGCAGAGAAUUUGAAUUACACACCAGAGUUGUUUCUGGUAGAUCCACUCAGUUUGGAAUCGGGUAACAAACGGAAGGAUGGACCAGCUAAUGUACGAUCACCAAACUCAGGACCUUCGCUUCCAAAGUGGCUCAAGAAAUUCUAA